UGUACCUUCUCGUCAGUCACUCAUGUCGUUUGCUGCAAGGUGCUGUAAUGGCUGCUAAAGGCGUAUCUGCAUCGGACAGGCAAACUAUCAGUUCUCUUUCACAUUUACCGGCAAGCGGUACUUCACUUGUACUCAAGAAACCCCCAAGAACUCUUAGAGACGCGUCAAUAUCCUCAAAUACCAGAACUAAAUGGGAUAAACCUCCUACUUUAAUCCCAGUUCCUUCCAAUAGCAUGCAAAACCCGUACAAUUCUGCCAGGUUUCACACCAACUUGGAUUCUUCAAGAUCUCAAUCUUACGGGAGCAGACAAAAGCAGCAGACCCUUACAGGUCGUUCUUUAAAGCGUCGGAAGACUGCUCAUGCUCCAUUGGUUGCCAAGGAUCCUCAACAAGACAUAACUCUCAUCCCGAACGAGGAUGAUGCUCAUGAAGCAGAAUCAUUUUUCAAUCCUGCGCCUCUCAAACCGAAAAACUUACGAAACACACCCAAGGAGACACCAGUCACAUUGAUCAGCAGUGAGGAAGAGGAUGAGGGCCCAUCGGCUCAUUUAAACGGUUCUGUAUCGGGCCCUCCGGAUGGUAAACACUCCGCUUGGCUGCAGAAAAAAGUUUCUCGAAAAUUGUCUUCCCCAGGCCACUCUACGAGGUCUAGCGAAGUUGAGGACAUCUCAGAAUUUUCAGACUCGGAGGUGAAGCCCGGGCAACCUGGGAAAAUUGGAUAUGUCAAGGAGCAAGCUAGGAAGCUGGAUCGCAAUGAACAGGCCAAUCUGAAUCGAAAGAUGGCGGUGGCGAGAGUGGCUACAGUUCCCCAUCUUGAUCUAAAGCAGCUCCCCAAUGUGAAGAAUGGCAUGAAGCCAAGAACUACAGUGAAACAAUCAAAGCCAAUUGUCAUAGAUCCAAUUGCUACUUCCUCUACACCGUAUACAAACAACUCGAAGACAAGCAAUAAAUUCAACUAUAUACCUCUGAAGGAGAUAUAUUUUGGCCACAAGCAUCUUGGGGAGGGCUAUCGCAUAGUCUUCAAUCCUAUGCAGGAGCGAAAUUUUUAUAUCCAAGGUCCGGGGACUUACUCAGAGUCUGUUACUUUCGCUCAGUUUCUUCACCGUCAGUUUGGAGAUCCAAAGUGUCCAGAACCGUGUAUCAAGUUCACAUCCAGACUCUUGCACCCUUUACAACGACACACGGGUAUCGGCCAAAGAUGGGGAGGGGAUUUCAAACCAGGCGAACGAGGGAAUGGUGAAGUGAGUCUCAAGAUUGACAUAGAGGACCCCAUUUGGUCACCUCAGAUAUUCGAUGCGUUCCGAACUUUUUGCAAGCGCGUGGUUCCCUACGAGUGCACAGAUGUAGUUGGGCUGGGCGCCAAUCGUGCGCUAUGGUCUUUCGCUCAACAAGCCGCUGGUAGUUGUGAGAAUGAUACGAGUAUGGAAUACGCGGAAGUAGAGAGUGACCCCCUCAACAAUAACAUUCGCGAAGAGGAGAUUCCCGAAUAUGAUCACUUGCCUAUGUCUAACGAACGAAAUGGAAUAGUUGAUAAACCUACCCCCCGAGAACCUCGGAAGUCGUAUACGACCCGACAAUCAUCCAACACGUCCGAAACCCGUAAUACUACUGUUGUUGUUCGUCGCUCAACACGACAGCAACAGAAUCAAGGAAAACAAGGGAAGAAGCAGCCUUCUGAAGAUCCAGACGAGAUAAUCCUGAGCUAUCCUCCUGGGGUAACAACUGGAGCAGUGAAGAUCACGAAUGGGGACUAUAACCGACUACUUCCAGAUGAAUAUCUAAACGAUACGCUCAUUGAAUUUGGGCUUAAGUUAUGGCAUCACGAACUCGCGACGGAAGACCCCCAGCUAGCAAAUCAGAUCCAUGUUUUUAAUUCCUUUUUUUACAAGAAGCUGAACAAGAAGAGUAUUGAGGAAGGGUAUCAGAGUGUCAGACGUUGGACAUCCAGAUUUGAUAUCUUCAGCAAGAAAUUUGUUAUUGUCCCGAUCAAUGAAAAUAUGCAUUGGUAUCUUGCUAUCAUCCACCUACCAGAAUUGGUUCUUCUGCCCCCUCCUGAGCGUGAACUGCCCAACACCCGACAUCAUACUCGUUCCUCCAAUGUUUAUGAAGAUUUGAUUUCCAGCGUCGAUGCACCCGAUAAUGCAUUAUCUCCUGCUGCCGCAGCUGCGUCGAGUAACGAGGCUGAAUUUGGUUCAACACUUUCUGGGCGCAGAUCUCUGAUCUCGACCACACCGAGUGGCUCAGCUUCACGGGCAGCAUCUCCAUCUGAGGCGAGUGCAAUGUUGGAGGAAACCAAGCCUUCUAGCGAGGCUGAUGCUGAAGAGACUUUUCGUGGAUUGACAACCAUGGAUAUCUCUGUCGAUAUACAAAUCCCAAGUACGCAUGAAAAAUCUCCCUCUCCCUGUACACCCCUUGUCGAUGAGCCAAUGGAUGUCGAUGGGAGCGCAGACGAAAGAACGGUCAUUUCGCCUUCCUUCACCUCGCUAGUGACAUCCUCUCGAGAUCCAAGGGAUCGUUCACUGUCUAUGGGUGUGGAGCAAGACCAGCAUCAUGGCAAUCAAGGCAAACACAUAUCGCCAAGCCGUUCGAAAACCUCUACGGUUACACCGGCCAGUUUCUACGCUGUCCCUGCGCGAUCUAACAAGGGAAAAGAAAAAGCCAUCAAUCUAUCCGACGAGGUUUCUAAUAGUGAUGUCAAUCCCGUCCAUUCAAGUUCUCGUGAAACUUCAGGCCAACCUAUAACCAUGAUUUUUACCCUUGAUUCAUUGGGUAACAAGCACCCAAAAGUCAUCAAUACUUUGAGCAAGUAUCUCCAAUUAGAAGCCAUAGACAAAAAGCAUCUUCAUAAUACAAGCAAGGCUUUGGGUAGAAAUCUUCCAGUGCCCACUCAACCCAAUUUCUGCGAUUGUGGUGUCUACCUCAUACACUUCGCUCAGGUGUUCGUUAAAAAGGCAGAUUACUUGUCCAGAAUUUCCCAGAAAAAAGGUACACGGUCGCAAGUCGACCGUCAGGUUGACUGGGAGGGUCAUCGUCUCGACGACUUCCGUGAUGAGCUUCGGAUGAAAGUUGGUGAGCUGUCGAGGUCCUGGAAGACGCGGAACUCUCCUCAACAGCAGGAACAAGAGGAGAACGCGCCUAAUGAUGAGGCUCGACGAACAGAACCUGUGGUACAUGGUUUGUCUGACAGUGAUAGUGACAUCGACAUUGUUGAGACUAGUACGCUUACUAUUCCUCAUGACCGAAAGGCCAAAACGAGAAUCAAAUCGGACCGCAUGAGGGCUGGUUAAUAUUCUACAUGAAGGUUUCUGCUUUGUUUCUGCAUUUCAUCGGUACCCCUUGGCUCGAACAUAUCCAUACUGAUGCAUAUAAUUAUUUUUGUAUCCCUAGUAGUGCUUUUCCUUAUUGUAUGCAUGUAAUGAACAGAAAACAGUGUCAUUAUUCUUGAGUUGCCCAAUACAUAACAUGCCCGAAUGUGAGCCUCCUUCGUCCGGCUCGGAGGGGGCCUUUAUUCGCAUUGGUCGGGCAUUAG